AUUUUACCUGUAUUUUAAGGUGUAUGAGCUUAAUACCAAUUUUAUCUGUAUGUUUACAGUAAAAUAUAUUCAUCUGAAAUCGUUCUAUAGGUCCAUUUUGAGUAGUGAGGCGUUUAAAAGUGGUUAUAAAGCAUCUUUACAUCGUGUGGCAGAAAUGGCUGGUCUGGGCUGAGUGAUUGACAUUAGCUAAACUCGACCGUAGCUUUUACGACGGCAACGCGAAGUUGCGUAGGUUUUAUGUUGAAAUUAACAGCUUUUUUGCCUUUCUGUUGAAAUUAACGGCUUUUAUUUUUGCCACUUCCUGUUAGACAGAAACUAACAUCCUGUAUAGCAGCCAUAUAUUGUGAACGUUCACAUAGUUGGUCACCCUCUUUAUUCGGCUCCAUUCCUGUGGCAUUGCCAAGUUGAAAAGGCCCCUGCAGCAGUGUUCACAUCCCCUGCAGGAUGAUCUACAUCAUCAUGGGAGUGUCGGGCUGUGGGAAAAGCUCUUUUGGAGCCUUCCUAUCAGAAAAGCUGGGUUGGCCUCUACACGAAGGCGACAGCUUCCACCCAGAGGAAAACGUGGCCAAGAUGUCUCGAGGAGAAGCCCUCACGGAUCAGGAUAGAUUUCCUUGGCUUCUCAGACUACAUGAUGUCAUAGAAAGUGAAAGACGUUCAGACUCCAACGCAUUGGUGGCGUGCUCCGCCUUGAAGCGCCUCUACAGACUCAUCCUCCUCCACGGCUCCAAAGCCCUCCCCUCCUCUUCUUCUUCCUCAUCUUCACCUCCAGGAGCAGGUCCUCCGCUUCCCUCCUCCCACCCAGAUGUCUGCUUUCUCUUCCUGCAUGGAGCCUAUGAUCUUAUACACCAAAGGAUGGUGGCCAGGAUGGGACACUACAUGAAGGCAGACCUGCUGGGUUCCCAGUUUGAUGCUUUGGAGCCACCUCUGAAGGAGCAGGAGAACGUGGUGCUUCUGGACAUCAGGAGGAGCGUACCUGACAUGGCCAUGGAGGUGGAAAUGCACCUAAGCAACCUCAAGAAUGCUCAGAACUAACACACAAAGGCGGAGAAUAUGAGAGGAAGUACAACUAUAGGUUGGACGACAAAGAGAGAGAAACUUCAUGAGGCAUUAAUUUUGGAUUUUUUGACAUGAAGUUGUAUGACAUCCCCAUCAUCAACAGUGAUGGGACUAUUUGGGCGGGGUAAGUUGCCGUUGAUGUACUACACCGCUGAUGGGGAUGUCCUACAACUUCAUGUCAAAAAAUCUGAAGUAUCCCUUUACAAUUUUUUUAUAUUGAAUGAAUUUUGUACAGUUUGUUCUAAUAAAGUUACCUGGUGUCAUUAAAUUUUCAUCCACAUUUUUAAAAUCAACUAUUUGUAUUUUAGAUACACUACCGGAUCAAAAUUUUAGAACACUCCAAUUUCUCUGAAGGAAAAACCUCCAUUUUUAAGUGAUAAGAUGGUCUGUCUCUCUUCCAUUGUUAAUUGCCUUUUUUCUUGCCAUUUUUGUAGCAACAAAUGACGUUCUCCAGUCCAAUGCUGUUCAACUGAUGUUCACGAGGGUAUAGUACCACAGUGUGUUCCCAACACUGUUUCUAUGCAGACAGAGGUGGUCGUAAGUGCUCCAGAAGUUGGAAACACCUGUAGGGAUUAGUUGCACCAACUGCCAAGGCUUGAUCAAACUCCAGUUCUGCAGAAUAGCUUUAAAUUGUUGACCUGUUUUGUGGUCCCUGAAACAGGUCUUUUUGUAGAAUUGUGAAAUACGCAUUAUUUUUCAGUUUUUAACCACUGACACUUCACCGCUUACGUUUGUACCAUUUCAAGCUAUUCAUUGGACUUGAAUGACUUCAAUUUCAAUAAAUAACUGGAAAAAUUGGCGUGUUCUAAAACUUUUGACUGGUAGUGUAUAACUAUAAAAAAAAUAAAUAUAAAUAUGUACAGUGACAAAGCAUAGGCUUUGAAAUGGAAUUAAAAUGACAAAAUGUUACUUGAGUUUCCAACAAAGCUGAAAAAUAUUUGUAUUAGUUGUAGUAUUGUGUACAGUGUUAUAUAUUAUAAUUUUAUUAAGAGGUUUAAUAAAACUAGUUUACUAUACAUGGGGGGAAACAUUUUAGGAGUUUGCAUUUUUGCUCAAAUUUAUGAUGCAAUUAAGAUAUAUUUAUUUUUUAUGUAUUUAUUCCAAAUUGGUACUUGAAAGUGUAAAAAUAUUAUAAAUAUAAUGUACGUAGUUUUUAUGUUAAUUAAGAAAUGUAAUACAACUACUUGACUAUUUUCAGGUGUUUGCAUUUUUGCUGUAAUGUAUGGUGCAAUUAAGAUAUAUUUCUUUUUAAAAUUGUUUUGAUUUACAUUGUUUUA